AUGUUUUCUAUACUGCAACUUCUCACGGUGCUCACUCAGGAAGUUCUCACGCAAUAUGACAGUUUUCCGGUAUACUGGAACGUCCCAUCAAAAGUCUGUUACACGCGAAAAGUGGAUAUUCCUUUGAAACAAUUUGGUAUUACUCACAAUAAAGGACACGAGUUUCUAGGCGAUCAGAUUGUUAUAUUUUACGAGUAUAAUUUCGGUUAUUUUCCAUAUUUUGCUGAUUAUAAUCCGGAGACACCGAUUAACGGUGGCUUACCUCAGAACUGCCCUCUUGACAAGCACCUUGCUCGAGUGUCACAGCAGAUUCGCGAGGCGAUUCCACGCGAGGACUUCAACGGGAUUGCCGUCAUUGACUUUGAGGAAUGGCGACCCUUGUAUCAGAUGAAUUGGGGUCCAAAAACAGUGAGUGAUCAUUUAUCUUAG